AAAAGUGAGAAGGCCCUGUUUGUAGUUACUCGGAUGUCACAGCUGAGCUGCGAAGAUAUGAACAAUGCAGUAAUACACGUCUAGUCACAGCACGGAAAUUGAUGAAACCAGAAGCCUUUUUGAGGCAAGUCAAACAAUGGCAAGCAAUUCAGUGACACAGGCAGAGCAUUCUGAGACGAUUAACUCCGAUACCACCUUGGAGCAGACAUCUUCAGAAUCCUGUGAUACCACUGAAGAAUCGUCAGAGGCGCAGAAGAUACAAGAUUCCCUGUGUCACCACUACCUCAUGACCACAAGAGAGCUUCAGUUAUACUGGUUGAAGGAAAAACAUAAGGGUAAACCAGUGAAACUUCUCUUUGAAAUCCCGUCCACGCGCAUAGCUGAGGAUUUCCUAUCAAAGUUUGUGAUGUACCAAAUUGUCAUCAUUAAGACAGGCAGUUUUGAUGAAAACAAAGUCUUUAUUGAGAGGAGAUACUCUGACUUUGAGAAGCUUCACCAGAACUUGUUGAAAGACUUCAAAGAAGAGAUGGAAGAUGUUUUGUUUCCAAAGAAAAUUUUGAAGGGGAACCUCACCGAAGAGCUGAUCAGUAAGAGGAUGCUGGCCUUUAAGGACUACCUGGCAGAGCUGUAUGCCAUUGAAUGUGUACAAAAAUGCAAGAAAUUCAUUGACUUCUUUAUUAACCCAGAAAUAAAAGAAGCCUAUAGCUGUCUCCGAGGAGGGCAAUAUGGGAAAGCAAUGGAACUCUUUCAGCAGGUUGAGUGCCUGCAGGAGAAGUUAACUCAGCAUCGUCUUAUUUUAACGGUCCCAACACUCUGUGCACUGGUAGUGUGUUACAAAGAUCUGGAAGACACAGAAAGAGCUUAUGACUUAGGAAUGAAGGCACUGGCACUUCUAGAAAGGCAUCCACGACACAGAUAUUACAACCCAUUACUGGAUACACUGAUUUCAAUGGCAUAUAAGCUCGGUAAGGAGUUUGUGUCUUUACAAGAACAAUUGGAGAAAGGCAAGGGACAGAUAGAUGGAACGAAGCUGGUUACUUUAAAGGAGCUAGUCGUACAAGAGUGUGUCACAUAAAGGGGCACAGGGACAAAUGUUUUGUUUCAAUUGUCCUUCAUUUUAACUUGUGGUUU